GCAACGGGGGAGGCUGAGGGAAGAAGGACGGCUGGACAUAUCGACUCAUUCAACUUGGUACAGGAGGGAGAGGCGGCCGCCCUUGCUCCGCGCUGCGCCUAUACUGUGGACUGGCGGGGGACUAGUUAAGGACACGUACGCCACCACAGGGAUACACGGCCCCCGGGGAAGUGUGUGAAAAAGCCCCCCGAGUGAUUCCUGUGACCAUUGACUCCCUCUCUCUCUCUCCCUCCUCCCUCCGUCCCUCCCCGCCUGUGCGCUCUCCCUCCUCCUCCAAGUCCCUCCCUCCUCCUCUCCCUCCAUCUCUCUACCUCCUCCUCUCUCCCACCCACCCUCUCUCUCUCUCUCUCUCUCUCUCUUCGUUAUGGCGGAUACGUUCAAAGUUGGUUAGUUCGUAAUUUUCCUCAUUUUUUUCCUUUUUUUUCUUCUUUAAUCGUUUUUUUCUAGGUUCGUUUUUUUUUCCUGUUUUUCAUUUGUUUUUUUCUCUGGUUUAAUUUUGGUUCCUCUUUUUUCCCCGUUUUUUCUCUGUUAUCUGUUUUUAUCUCCUCCUCCUCCUCCAUUAUUCCUCCAUGUUAUUUUUGUUAUCCUCUCCCUCCUCCUCCUCCUCUUCCUCCUCCAUCUCCUUCCUUCGUUAAAAGCUGUUAUUUGUUAUCGCUGUUAUCGUUGACGUUAUCUUGUUUCCUUCUUGUUCCUGUUCUCUUCCCCGUGUGUUAAUUCUGUCUGGGGUGGUUGUUAUUUUUGUUGUUCUCCACUUCUGUGACGGGCAGUAAGUGUGGUGUGAGGAGAAACCGAUCACCUACCACAACAACCACUACUACCACUACUGCAACUACUACUACCACGGCUGCUGCCACUGCUGCCACCAUCUCCACCUGCUUCUGCUUCUACUGCAACGCUAACACCAGGAUCGUCGUCAUCAUCAGCGCAAGACCUCUGCUAGACUCGAAAUAACUACUACUACUACUACUACUACUACUACUACUACUACUACUGCAGCGAUUCGAUAUCCGUGUGUUGGGUAAUUAAAUAAGUGUCUGCUACCACUGUUACCACCUCCACUGCCACUGCCACCACCUCCACCUCCACCUUCCCCGUCAUCACCUCCACCUCCACCAGCACCUCCACCAAGACCUCAAACUACAACAACUACAACAACUACAAUAGCAAGGAAGAAUAUCAAGUGUGUGGAUACCAGACUAACUACCACCACAACCACAAUCACCACCACCACCACCACCACCACCACCACUAGUACCUCCACCACCACCACCACCACCACCAUUUUACCACCACCUCUACCACUACCACUGCCACCACCACCACCACCACCAUCACUACCACUACUACUACUACUACCACUACUACCAAAGCCUCUCAUUGCCAGAUCUCACUACAAUACUUAAGUGAGAUGACGUUAAGUAGAUUGUAGAUUAAACCUCCUCCUCCUCCUCUUCCUCCUCCUCCUCCUCCUUCUCCUCCUCCUCCUCCUCCCUUUGUAGAUAUGCCCCAAAAAAGCUGAAAUAUAAAACAGAGAGAGAGAGAGAGAGAGAGAGAGAGAGAGAGAGAGAGAGAGAGAGAGAGAGAUGGCAGAGAAGUAGAUAAAAGGUGGUUGGUUGUUAGGACUAAAACACACACACACACACACACACACACACACACACACACACACACACACACACACCAUGGCUGUUGCUGCAAAUGCAAAUCACAACCACCACCACCACCACCACCACCGCCAACCACCUCCACCACCACCACCAGCACCUCCACUUCUCCAGCACCUCCUCCUCCUCCUCCUCCUCGUCUGCACCUUCCCGCCACGCCCAGGUGAAUGUCGCGUGGGGGUGCAGGAGGGGCCGCAGUUCGUCGUAGAGCCCCCGUCCACCCUCUCCUUCCUCAACACCACCGGCGCCGCCCUCCACUGCGCCGCCCAUGGGAACCCGCCGCCCACGGUGUCAUGGGUAGUGGGGGAGUCGGGUCUGCAGGCGGCGGGGACGGUGGUUGGGGUGCGCGAGGCCUUCCACAACGGGACCCUCAUCUUCCUGCCGUUCAGCCCGCGCGCCUACCGUCAGGACGUCCACGCCUCCACCUACCGCUGCCUCGCCUCCAGCAGCGUCGGAAGGAUCGUAUCGCGCACCGUGACUGUCCGGGCAGUCGUGCGCCAGGACUACGAGGUUCAGGUGUAUGACGAGUACGUAAUUAGCGGAAACACAGCCGUUCUCAGGUGCCGCAUCCCCACCUACGUGCAGGAGUACGUGAAGGUGGUGGCGUGGGUGCAGGACGACACCUACGUCAUACAGCCCGGCCUGGAGAGUGGAGGGAAAUACAUGAUCCUUCACGAUGGCUCCCUGCACAUCUACCGCGCGGACCCCUCGGACGGCUACCCCUCCUACCGCUGCCGCACAAACCACACCCUGACCGCUGUGAUCUCCCAGUCCUCGGCGGGCAGGGUCAUGGUCACGGAGCCCCAUGGUGACGUGGCGCCCCGGCUGAUCGUGGACAAGCGUGUGACGGUGACGGUGCGGGCGGGGCAGUGGGUGGUGCUGCCCUGCGCCGCCCAGAGCCACCCCACGCCCACCUACAGGUGGCUGCGGCUGGGCGAGGGCGUCACGGCGGGUGUGGUGGGCGGGUCGUCUCGGUACAGCCAGGUGGGCGGGCUGCUGGUCAUCACGGGUGUGGGCGUUGGUGACCAGGGCAAAUACAUGUGCUUCGUCAACAAUAGCAUGGGCCAUGAGACCGUGGAGGCGACGCUGCUGGUGACGGAGCCGCUGAGUGUGCACGUGUCACCCCGGCGGCUGGUUGUGGACAUGGGCAAGACGGCUGAGCUGCGGUGUGUCGUCCAGGGUCAUCCCAUCACCUCCCUCAGCUGGCUACGGAACGGCAAGGCGCUACCCCCGGAUGGAAGGUUUGUGACGUCCCCGCGCGAGGUGUUACGCAUCAGCAAGGUGGGGAAGGAGGACCGCGCCAUGUACCAGUGUGUGGUGGCCUCGGCUCGCCAGGAGAAUGUGCAGGCCGCGGCGCACCUGGCCCUGGGCGACUCAUCGCCAGAACUUCACUACAGGUUCCAGGAGCAGACCUUGCAGCCGGGCCCAUCGGUGAGCCUCAAGUGUGUGGCAACCGGGAACCCUCCACCUCAAUUCAUCUGGACGCUCGACGGUUUCCCACUGCCUGAGAGCGAACGGUUCCUCGUCGGGCAGUACGUCACGGUACAUGAUGAUGUCAUUUCCCACGUCAACAUAACCAACGUACGGGUGGAGGAUGGGGGAGAGUACACAUGCUCCGCUGCCAACACCGUGGGAGUGGUGACCCAUAGCGCCAAGGUCAACGUGUAUGGCCUCCCCUUCAUCCGCCACAUGCGAAGGGUGUCUGCCGUGGCGGGGUCAGGCCUACGGGUGAAGUGUCCCGUCGCUGGCUACCCCAUUGAUAAGAUUACGUGGGAGAAGGAUGGGCGGGUGCUCCCCACGGACAUCCGGCAGCGGGUCUUCGAGAACGGCACCCUCGUUAUCAGCCAGACGCAGCGAGACAUCGACGGUGGGCGGUACACGUGUCGCGCCAUCAACAGACACGGCCACUCCGCCUCCAGAGAUGUCACUGUCACUGUUACGGUGCCGCCCAAGAUCAUGCCGUUUUCUUUCGCCAACAACAUUCUCAGCGAGGGCAACCGCGCCUCCCUCACCUGCCAGAUCUUGGAGGGGGACCUGCCCGUGAACUUCAGGUGGGAGAAGGAUGGCGGGCCCGUCCCUAUCUACGACGGCAUCACGACCCGCCUGCUGGAUGACUAUCAGACCCAGUUGGUGAUCGACCGCAUCUCCUCGCGCCACAACGGGGAGUACACCUGCGUGGCCUCCAACAGCGCCGCCACAAGACACUACACCACGCGGCUCACGGUGAACGUUCCGCCACACUGGGUUACGGAGCCGCAGGACAGUGGGGCCGCGCAGGGCAGCACCGUCACCCUAAACUGCCAGGCUGACGGCUACCCCACACCCACCGUCACCUGGAAGAAAGCCAUCAUGGACGAGAACGAGGGCAGCAGCAUGAUGAUGGGGGGCAGCAGCGGGGGCAGCGGGGGUCGGCGGCAGGGGGGGUACCAGGAGCUGCGGUAUGGGGCCCACGUGGAGGUGUUCAGCAAUGGUUCGGUGGUGUUCCGCAAUGUCCAGAAGUCCAUGGAGGGGAAGUACCUUUGUCAAGCGCGGAACGGCAUCUCGGCGGGCCUCAGCAAAGUGGUCUACCUCACUGUGAAUGCCCCGGCACACUUUCCGGAGAAGAUGGGGCGCGUGGUGGUGCGGCUCGGCCAGACCGCGGUGCUGCGCUGCCCGGCCAGAGGGGACAGACCCAUCGACAUCCUCUGGUCUGUGGAUGGCAGGCGGCUUGACCCUCACGCUGACCCCAGAGUUGAGGUGCGCGAGGAGACAAGUGAGGAAGGGUUUGCCUCCAAGCUCACCCUGACCUCGGCCGCCCGCUCCCACUCCGCCACAUACACUUGCCACGCCGCCAAUGCUUUCGGGAGGGACACGAGGAACAUUGAACUCAUCGUGCAGGAGGAACCUGAGCAACCCAAGAACCUUCGGGUGGUUGAGACGCACAGCCGCCGGGUGAAGCUGUCCUGGAUGGCUCCCUACAAUGGCAACGCGCCCAUCCAGAACUACCUCAUCCAGUACAAGCUUGCCUCGGAGCCUUGGCCGGGUGUACCAGAGCGGCUGAGUGUGCCGGGUGACCAGACAGAAGGGGUCAUCCAUGAACUCACACCUGCCACGGCCUACCACUUGCGGGUGACGGCGCAGAACACGCUCGGCCUCGGCACCCCGUCUGAGGUCAUCCAGGCAGCCACGGAUGAGGAAGAACCCUCAGGCCCCCCUCUUGACGUGCGGGUGACCCCAGAGUCCUCCACCUCGCUGCGGGUGACCUGGGAGCCCCCCGCGCGUGACCUUUGGAACGGGAACAUUCUCGGGUACUAUGUCGGCUAUCGUGCCCACGCCCUCGCCUCGGACUACAACUUUCAGACUGUGGAGGUCGGGUCGGCUUACGGGGGCAGCUCCACCCUGUCCGGCCUGCAGCAAUACACACGCUACGAGGUGGUGGUGCAGGCCUUCAAUAACAGGGGCGCCGGACCUCUCUCGCCGCCCGUCAUCGCCACCACGGAGGAGGACGCGCCCAGCCUGCCGCCGGAGACCAUCAGGUGUGAGGCCACGUCCCCGCAGAGCAUCUCCGUGGCCUGGCGUCCUCCACCACUCCGGGGACAGAACGGCCUCAUCAAAGGGUACCGCGUCCUCUACACGCCUGCCUCGGACUACUCAGUCUGGAUGGACGGAGUGGUCCCAGGGGAGUGGAAGAAGGCGGUGGUUUUGCCGCUGUAUAAGAGUAAAGACGAGGAGCUGCAGAGCGAGACCGCCGGAGAGAGCACCAACAUCUUCAACCUGGAGAAGUACACCAAUUACAGCAUCAGCGUCCUGGCCUACACCAGCGCUGGCGAUGGUGUGCCCUCGUCCCCUGUCUUCUGCCGCACACUGCAGGACGUUCCCGAGAGUCCGGCCGGCAUCAAGGCUGUGGUGAGCUCCCCGUCAACCAUCCUUGUGACCUGGCUGGCCCCGGCGAAGGUCAACGGCGUGCUCACCAAGUACACGCUCUACAUGGCCAUCACUGCUGACCAAAACAGGAGGGAGCUGCCGGCCAGGACGCUCGGCCCGGGGGAGACAUCUUACAUGGCCGAGGGUGUUAGCAGCCGGGAGACCUACGAGUUCUGGGUGUCCGCCUCCACCCAGACAGGGGAAGGCCCGCCCACUGACAACAUCCUGGUGAAGCCCACGUCCAAGGUGUCGGCGCAGAUCGCUUCCUUCGGCGGCCCCUUGGAAGUGGCGUGGAAGGAGGAUGUGCGGCUACAGUGCCACUCAGUCGGGGAGCCACCACCUGAAAUCACCUGGACGCUCAACGGGAAAAAGAUCGCCACCUCGGACAGGAUACAGGAGCGUCCCAACGGCUCGCUGUUCAUCCGGGACGUCCAGAAGACUGACGCCGGCAACCUUACCUGCUCAGCCAGCAACACCCAUGGCAAGGACUCCAUCUCCUACCUCCUCAAAGUGCAGGUGCCGCCCGCCCCGCCCACCCUCUACGUGCAGGGCAGCUCUCGGGACGCCCUCACACUACGCUGGAGCCUCAAGCCACACCACGCGCCGGUCCGAGGCUACAUCAUGAACUACAAGAGGGAAUAUGGCAACUGGGAGGAGGUUGAGCUCCACACCGCACGCACCACACACACCCUGUCCGGCCUGGUGUGUGGGUCGCGCUACCAGCUCUACGUCACUGCCUACAACAAGGUGGGGACCGGCCUGCCCUCGGAGAUCCUGACCACCUCCACCAAGGGAUCAGAGCCAGUGGUGCCGGGGCGGAAGAGGCUACUCGACGUCAACUCCACUUCUAUCCUGGUCCACCUGAGCACCUGGGGCGAUGGCGGCUGCCCUAUCCUCUACUACGUCAUUGAGUACCGCGCGGCCUCCUCUAGGGAAUGGAUCUCGGUGGCGAACAAUGUGGCGCCCAACGAGAAAACCUACGUCAUCCGCGACCUGACCCCGGCGACCCGCUACACGGUGAAGGUGACGGCCCACAACCAUGCUGGGUCCAGUGUUGCCACCUACGACGUCUCCACCCUAACCCUUGAAGGAGUGCUCUUGACGAGGGAGGAGGGCAGUGGGGCGGGGGCGGCCUCCCCUCCGCUGUACCAGGACCUGCGAGUGGUCAUCCCGGCGGCGGUGGUGGUGGUCAUCGUCAUCGAGGUGGUGAUGGCGGUGGUGUGUGUCUUCAGGCGCCGGAAGAUGCGCGAGAGGAGUGGUUCGGAGGGGAUAGCGGAGUCACCAUCCACCGCCCAGAUCCAGAACCAGCAGAACCAGCACCAGCAGUACUCGGCCCUCCCGCCCACCACGCCCUCCACCCAGGACACCGCGACCAACAAGGAGUCCUCAGGGAACGGGACUGUCGAUGACUACAUCGAGGACAUCUGCCCCUACGCCACCUUCCAGCUGCCCGCCGUGCCCAAGAGCCACUAUGGGGAGAGCACUGACUCGGGCAUCGUGUACUCAGGGCCGUACCACUCGGUGCAGGGCGCGUUUGUGUACCACGACCCCAAACGCACCACCCUCGAGACCUUCCCUCUGAGACAUCAGAAGGAGCCGGAGUACACUAAGGUGCGGAGAAAAGGAAGACGGGAUCCGCACGUGGAGAGCACAGAAUCGGACAACCUGGGCAGCACAGACUCCGAGGUGAAGAAGAUCCUGUCUCUUCACAUGCCCAUCAGCGAGUAUGACACACUGGGCAGCGACUCGGAAGGGCCCGGCACCAGGGACUCGCCGCCCACGUUCGCUGAGUCGGCGGGUCUGGCCCACGCCCACAUCCACCCACACCCAGCCCACAGUAGUCGCUCCAGGCCCGAGUCCGCUGUGAGUCAACUGAGGAGCAGCACAGACAUCUUCAAGCACCGAGUCAGGAGUAGACAGCAGGAGCCCAGCAAGUCCCAGGAAAAUAGCAGCUCCUCAACGGACACCUCCAGCUCGGGGCGGCGCGCACACCCUCGCCGCGGGAAGAAAAGCACCAAGAGGCAAAGUCGCUCCACCUCGCGCACUGGCUUUGAGGAGACGUCCUUCAGCCACGCCUCGCCUGCUGACCGCCUCUCCUCCUGCAGGCCGCCCCCUCCACCUCCCCCUCGAGGCUUUUCAGACUCGAGGAAGGAAUACAGUGAGACCGAGUGCGACCGAGGCGGGAAGCGGAGCAGCAGCAGCGCCAUCUCCUCCUCCUCGUCCUCCAAGUCUCACCACCUCCAGCAGAAGUAUUACAAGGGUGCGCGCCCCCGGGAGUCCGGCUACCAGAUCAAUGUUUAGUGGGCCGGACCGCUGCCAACGACAACAGUAACAACACAGGCAGGUCACCCAACACACACACACACACACACACUUAUAUUACAUACUCACACAAACACAUACCUUACACACACUCACACACACACACACACACACACACACUUAUAUUACAUACUCACACAAACACAUACCUUACAUACACAUACAUUCACACACACACACACACACACACACACACUUCAGAACGUUCCCCUUGACACAGCUUCCGUCAAACGUUCCUAGGACAGAAUUUGGCAUAUUAGCUCGUUGUGAUCAGGGCAGAGUUACUCCUGUUUAACCUGGGACCAGAUCGUGUGUGUGAGUGUGUGUGUGUGUGUGUGUGUUUGUUCAUCGACAGCCCUGUGCAUAUAUAGGUUUCGUGGCAAGUAUUGACACUGUGUACGCUGGUCAUGGUGAGGUGCCGUGUUCGCGCCUCACCAAGCCAGGUCACCAAAAUGCCGCCCAGUGUUAGGGUUGUUUAUAUGUGUGCGAGAGAGGUGGUGGUGAGGUGAUCGUCGCUGUGAUGGACAGAAGUAUUCGACGGUGAAGUGACCUCCAGUGAGCGCAGGAAAUUACAAAACAGGGAAACUAAAGUGAAUCGGAUCUUUGGAGAGAGAGAGAAUGAGAGAGAGAGAGAGAGUGGGAUCGCCAAACCGAAUUACAGAAAAUGCAGCCGAUGUAUACAUAACAGUAAAUUAAGGCUAUGUUUAUGUGCUCACCUGCAGACAGACAGUGAGAGGAAAUACUAGACACCUGUAAAUUAGAGAGCCUGUAUUUUUAUCUCCAAGGAACUGGCGGAGGAGUCCAGUUCGGGGUCCAGAGGGAGGUGGUGUGGGGUCGGGGUGCAGGUGACCCACACACACACACUCCCGCCCCACGUGUCCGAAUUCCUGAGUGCAAGUGUCGGCGUUGCCUCCGCGCGUUGUGUGUGAGUGUUGCCCUUGACCGGAGGGCCGCCGCAGUGCCACCCCAGGACCCCCCACCUACAGCUCCACACAACCCCAGCCACCCCACAAAACAAGAAAAAUUUACAAUCAUAUCAAUAACAAUUUUUUUUCCCGUCAGUGUUCACGGUGUGGAGGCAUGACAGUCAGUGCUUGGUUGUUGGGUCGACUCAUUCCACAGCCUCACUCACACCCCCAUGACUCCCCAGGGGGCCACUAAUCCCCUACCCCCCCAGCAUAACCCCCAGUAUCUCCUCCCCGCGCAGAGGGAGGUCCACUUAACUGUAGUUAGUGUCGCCACAAUCAAGUAGAAAUGCAAACCUCUACAGCAGCUUCACAGGAUAUAAUCUUUACAGCUCACACAGCAGUCAGUCAGUCAGUCAGCCAAUCAGUCAGUCAGUCAGUACUCCCGUCAGUGUCACACCCCCACCCCCCAUACCCCAGUCCACCGCCCAGCUUCAGGCCACACCCACAGCCACCACACUGUCCAGGACGCCACAGCACCAAUGGAAUGCACCAAUCACAGCCUGUGGAAUGCACCAUAACAACACCAGUAUCCCUCCCUUCCUCGGUUCCUCCCGCCCCUCGCCGCCGUGGGCAGCGAGGGGCGGGGGAGACGAGGCCAACGCCAAGCCGUUCGUGUCUUCAAUCUUCCGUUCGUUCGUGCGUCUGCAUCGGAGUUAGAUGGCCUAGUGAGGGAGGGCGUUGUGAGGUCUUGCUGUGCUGUGUGUUAGCGCGCGCCGUGAGGACAAUGUUAUCCACCCCCCUGUGAUGCAUGGCUGGGUGGGUGUUGGUCAGGGUAGUGUGUGUGUGUGUGUGUGUGUGUGUGUGUGUGUGUGUGUGUGUACUAGAUCAAAGCCUCAGGUAGUAAGCUAUAUAGUUAUCACUUAAACAUUUCUCCAUCACUGCGCGGUACUUGGUUCUGUGUGCAUGUGUGUAUGUGUGUGUGUGUACAACUUACGAGCAAAUGAGUGCACAUGUGUGGCUGUAUAUGUGCUCGUUGACUACUCCCUGUCUGCUGGGUGGGUGAAUAAGUGUGUAUACACAUGUACGUAAGUGUAUGUAAGUGUGUGUGCGUGCGUAUACCCAUGACUGUCCGCAUGAAGGCAUGACUCUGAGGUUGUACGUAGCGAGACCAUUCCAAAACAAGCCAAGGUUGAAGGGAGCCCCAUCUCAGUGUACAUUUAUACAGAACCACGUCUUAGGUUACCAUGUGAUACUACCAGUACUACUUACUGUUGUUGUACCUACACUUUCUAGUAGCCGCGUGAUGUCAGCGCUCUCUCCCAGGGUAGAAGCCAACUAAAAAAGGUGUUUAGUGUUGUGUUGUUGUGUGCUUGGCGUAGGGCGACCGGCGAGGUGGAGGAAGGCAGAGCAGGCGAAGUGACCAGCCGCGGAGGACUUAUUAACUGUGUACGGCUUUGUGUGUGUGCGUGUGUGUGUGUGUGGGUAAAAGAGCGAGUGUGUGCGUGUGAAAGAGAGAGAGAGGGAAAAAAGAGAGAGAAACUGUAUAUUUGUGUGUGUGAAAAAGAGAAUUUGUAUGUGUAAAAGAGAGAGAGA